UACAUUUACAAAUCAACUUCUUCCUGCGCUAAUUGAAAUAAAACUCGUAAUUUUAAAUAAAGUAUUCACAAAAUAUAUUAAAUUGUGAACAUGUUAUGCUGUGUCUGUUUGCUGGAGAACACCGGCACCAUGGGCAUAUAUGAACCAGAUGGAAUCGAGUUAAAAAUUGAGCAAAUAAUCCAGCAGCAUUUGUGGUUUCAGCCAGAAACUGAUAAUCCAAUUAGAUCACACAUUUGCUUUGUAUGUUGGGGAACAUUGUUGGAUUUUCACACAUUUUAUGAACAAGCCAAAAAAAUACACCAUCAAUAUGAAACAGAAGAAAAAGGGAAACUUAUCAAGGAGGAGGAAACACCAAUAAGUUCCAAUUUCAUUGAUCAAGCAAAUGACGAACUAUUUGAAAACAUACUGGAAAUGAACAUAGAAAUAGGUGACAACUUAAAGAAAAUAUGUGAAGUUGAAAGUGAUUCAAUAUCAGCAGAUAAUCCCUUGGAGGACACACAAAAUGAUUUGGUUUCUAAACCCAAUUGGAGUGACACCAAAAAUGAAAUGCAUACCCUACAAAUUAAUUCCCCUGGGAAACCGCAAGAUGUUGAGGAGGGUUCUGACAAUGAAUGCUCCGAAGAUUAUGAUCCCUCAGCCAGCAGCGAUGAAAAAGAAUCCAUAUCAUCAGAAGAUGAUUGUCUAAGCACACUAACCAAAAAGAAUAGAAAGAAGACUUAUAAAACAGGCGGAACAGCAAAUAAGAACCGUACACCUAUCGAACAGAGCAUCUACGAAAUAAGAAAGAAACGAAAAGAACUGUACAAGAUUGAUGAGAAACAUGCCGACGAAAUGAUAUUAAAAUAUGUUCCAAUGGGCUGUGAUUUGUGUGUGUUUGUUGGUAAAACUUUUCCCGACAUUGUGGAACAUUUCAAAGAAGCUCAUCCUAGAACCCGGCCUUAUGUCACAUGCUGUGAUAAGCAGUUCACUAAGAGAUGCCAUUUAGCUCAACAUGCCCUAAUGCAUGAAGACCCUAAUUGUUUUAAAUGUCACGAGUGCAAUAAGAAAUUUACCAGUAAACGUGGUCUAAGAUCACACGAUCUGAAUUACCACGCCACGGAGGAGGAGCGAAUAUUUGCCUGCGAUAUGUGCCCAAAAAAGUUUGCAGCACGUAAUUUCUUGGAAUUACACAAACCAUCUCAUAUACCCCGCGAACAGUGGGAGUUCUUCUGUCCAAAAUGUCCCUCGUCCAGGUUUGCCAGUUCAUAUUUAUUGAAAGUGCACACAAGUAUGCAACAUAAGAGAAGUAAACAUGUAUGCCAUGUGUGUGCCAAAGAGAUACGUGACAAAACCACAUUUGAAAAACAUGUACGUUCGCAUUUCGGCGAAACAGCACCUCGUGUUCCAUGUCCCUAUCCUGGCUGUGAUAGUUGGCUGAAAGAUGAAGAUAAUUUAAGGAAGCAUAUGAAAAGGCACAAUUUAGAGGGCAUAACAUAUCGCUGUGAAAUAUGUGACAAAGUCUAUAAGAAUCGUGUGGGCCUAACCAAUCACAAACGUUAUAGUCAUACAAUGAGCGCCAACUUCAAAUGUGAACAAUGUGAUAGAUCCUUCAAGAAAGCAAUAUCCUUAAGGGAACACAUGACCCAACAUACCGGAGAAACGCUUUACAAGUGUCCAUUUUGUACAAGAACUUUCAAUUCUAAUGCCAAUAUGCAUGCCCAUAAAAAGCGCGCCCAUCCCAUUGAAUGGGAGGAGUGGCGAAGAACUAAAACGGGGAGUGCUCAAGUUGUAAUAAAACAACAAACUUCGAAUUCUUUGUAAAAAAAUAUCUUAUACAAUAUUCUAAAAUGUGGAGAAAUAAAAUAAUAUGGCCUUUGUAGUUAAUUAAUAA